UAGAAUAAGAACUCAGAUCGCCGAGUGUUGCAGUAGGAGUCUCUGCGUGAAGUCGAUAUGAGGGGUAUGUGAUGUGAAGCGGAUGCUGCGCGCUGGAAACCGUUAAAUAACCCAGAAUGUGGAUUACUGGUAAAAGUGAUCUUUCAUCUCAAAAAGAAUUGGCAUUUGAUGAACUGUACACACAAUGCCGAUUAGCAGCACCUGGUGCACGGCUUUCUUAUUCAAUUAGGAACAGACUUGAACGUUUUAGUAGAGAAGACAGACGAGAAAUAGUUUCGAGAGUGCGGGAAGGCUGCGCACCUUUAUUUGUGGCUUGCAAAAAAGGCAAUGUUGAAAUUGUAGAAUACCUCAUCGAAGAAUGCGACGCAGAUGUGGAGCAGCGGGGUAUGUAUGAGGUGCCGGAUGACAGGUCUAUACAUUUUGUGACACCUUUGUGGUGUGCAUCUGUAGCUGGAAAACAGAAUGUUGUUAAAUGUUUAGUAGAACAUGGUGCUGACGUAAAUAGUGUAUCGGAUACCGGAUCAACUCCUGUCAGAUCAGCCUGUUUCAUGACUCAUUAUGAAAUAGUUGUGUAUUUAGUAUUAAACAAUGCAGAUAUAUUGAAGCCAAAUUAUAAUGGAGGUACUUGCUUAAUCAACUCUGUUCAAAGUGUACCUUUAUGUGAAUUCCUCAUAGAACACGGGGCUGAAGUAAAUGCUCAAGAUAUACAGUUCAAAACCGCACUACAUUAUGCAAUUCAGGAACAUCGUUUUGAAACUACAAAACUUCUACUGGAGAAUGGAGCCGAUCCCCUGAUAAAAAGUCGCUAUGGAGAUGAUGCUCUACAAACUGCAUGCUUAAAAAGUGCCACACAUGUAUUUGAUUACUUGUGUGAAAAGUAUUCCUACAGUACAGAACGUAUUGCCGAAGCCCACGAGCUUAUGGGCACUACCUUUCUUGAAGAACACCAUGAUCUGCGAAAGGCUCUGCACCAUUGGCGAACAGCACUAGAACUGAGGUAUAAUAAUCCAUAUGGAAGAAUAGAAAAAAGAAAGAUUGCAAGAAAAGCACCUUACUUGUUUGCAACAGAAUUUAAUUCUAUUGAGGAGCUUGAAAAUUUGGCACUAGAUUUGGAUGCCAUGCGAAUACAGUCUUUGCUAGUAUGCGAGAGGAUUUUAGGUCCCUUGCAUAGAGAUAUGAUAUUUCGAUUAAUGUACCGUGGAGCAGCAUAUGCUGAUAGUCUUCAGUACCAACGGUGCAUUGAUCUCUGGAGAUAUGCUCUAGAUUUACGUAUACAAAAAGACAGUCUUUUGCAUGGAGAAGUGAGCUUUGCAGCUCAAGCAUUGGUUGGUGUCUUCCUUGAUUUGCACGAAAAGCAUAAUGCUGGUUUGUUACGUGAACAGGUACAAUUCACUGAUGUGUUUGAAUCUAUUAAACUCUUAGUGUAUAGAUUUGAAUCAUCUAAAUGUCUUUUAAAUGCAAGACCUAUUUUUAAGAAACACCAGGACAAUUUUGACAAAAUAUUAAAGGUCUUGACACAUUUAUUUUAUGUACUAUAUGUCAUUCCGAAAACUCCACAAGAAGUUCAUGACAUGAAGCAAAUAAUAAGGGAUGUGCUGAAAAUUGAACCUCGUACUACUAGUGGUGAUACCCUUUUGCAUCUUGUUUCCUCUAAAUCUAAUACAAUGAAAACAAGUACUUUUCUUGAAGAUCCGCAUGCAGCUAUAUUUCCUGAUGAGGGACUGGCAGAACUGUUGUUACAAUGUGGUGCAAAUGUGGAAGCUGUGAAUUUUAACUUGAGCACUCCUUUGCAUAUAGCUGCCCUUCCUUUAAAUUAUCAUCCUGCAGUUAUAGAAGUCCUGUUACGGUAUGGAGCUCAUAUCGAUCGCAGGAAUGGUAGUGGUAAUCAUCCUCAUGAUAUGCUACAAAAUAUAACAGAAUGUACUAUAAACCAUCUGCAGUAUAUAACUUUAAAAUGUCUAGCUGCUCGAAAAGUAAUAGAAAAGCAAAUUAUUUAUGUUGGUGAAGUUCCUGUUGACUUAGAAGGAUUUAUUAGAAUACAUUGAAUGAAUUCUUG